AAUUUGAAUCAUAUAUGGAAGGUCAUUUCUGUUGACCACUGACCGGUAUUUAGAGACAUGUUUAAUGAGAGUACGUGGCACUUUUUAGUUAUCUUCCAAAGGAAGAGUUUCUCGUUAAUAACGACUAACUUAACAAGAUGAUUCAUCUGGUAUCUACCCUCUGGGUAGUUGCUAUAGCGAUCCAAACGUGCCUGUGUAGACCAAGUACAUCGUUAGAAAAUGAAGAAAGCAAGUUUGGAUACAAGUAUAAAGUCUCUCACUCUCCAGGAGCUUCUAAUGUUCACCUUAGCUUUGGUAAAAGCAAGCUUGAUCAGACGUCUUACAACAUUCCUGAGAGAGAUAGCAGGACAUACCAGUAUGAACCAAGUUCACUAUCAAAAUCACACCAGCCUACGCAUUUAAGCCCAGCCAGCUAUUUUGCAGAUGGUGGUCAUCACGGAAGACCAGAUUCAAUUAGCAGAGGACCAGGUCAAAUUUAUGCUUCACCUUACGAUUCCGACAGGAAACAGAUAUCUGGUGAUUAUUCUAUUAACGGUGAAACUCAUGAACCGAAGCAUUAUCAAUCAGUUCCUGAAAGCUACACACCCAGCUUUCAUUCUGGAUCUGGGGUAAAUGAACCUCCUAAAUCUCAUUAUUCAAGCCAUGACCUCAACGCACCUCUUCACACUUCAAAUCCAACUAUAGCUAGCGGAUCCUCUUAUCCAGUUCCAACUUCCCAAAAUCAUAUUGAUGUACCCGUGCAUUCUCCAAAUCCGCAUUAUUCCGUUCAAGCAUCCAAUCCUGUUCAUCAUCCUCAACAGGAAAGAAUAGCACCAGAGGAGAUUGGAAGCUAUGCUCAACAUCCUCCACAACCUAUUCCUAUUGCGCAACAUAGCGUCGAUGUUCAGCCAUAUGCACAAGAUCCAAAUUUAGCCAUACCGCCAUCUCACCCAAUACCAGUUUCACAACAUGAUAUUAAUGUUCCCUCUUACUCACAUGAUCCAAUUCAAUCGCCACCAGUUGGUGCCAAAUAUGCGAUUAUUCCAUCCGGACCUCCUUACACUAAGGAUACAUUUACAGCUGAUAUUAUUCACGGACCACAAACUGGAGAAGCAAGUCCUGUUUUAGUAGCACCUGUAUACGAAACAAACAAACCGGCACCAGUUUCACACUCUAUCUUGUUACCUUAUGGCCCGUCUGCUCCCCACCCCGUCUCAGAAAGCUCGCCAAGUGGCAAUAUUCCAUUACCUUACCCUGAUAGCCACAUUAAUACCUUAACUCCCACUUCCCAUUCAUCUCAAAUUUUGCUUCCAGCUUCUGUUGACUCAAUCGAUACUGUUGGAAUUAAAACCAUUCCUUCUCCAAAUAGUCAUUUUCAACCCCAAGAAAAAAUAGAAGAUUUAACUCCUAUUUCACAUUCAACUCAGCUUCUCAUUCCUUCUCCCGCUCUUCCAUCAAACCCUACUUUGAUAAAUGUAGACAAUCAUCAUCUUCCUUCUCCAGAGAAUAUUGCUUCUCUGCCCCCAUUAUCUCAUUCUUCGCAAAUUAUCCUUCCUAUUGCAGUACCUCAGGUUAAUCAAGACGGAAUCAAAACUGUUUCUUCAGGUUUCAUUGCAGAAAAUGCUCCGAUCCCACCCCAAGAAAAAAUUGAUAACUUAGCUCCUUUUUCACAUUCAACUCGGCUACUGAUACCAGUCUCAGAAAAAACUGCUCCUGUUGAGACCUUUCAUUCUGUAGAUCAAACGGUAUCUGGUUUAGUACCAAUAGCUCCUCCUUCGCAUGCUACCAAGCUUUUGAUUCCUUCUGAUAUAUAUCUUCCCCAAACGCCUGGUGUCUCAGAACCUGUGUCAGUGCAUACUUUUACAGAAAAUGGUCAUGUAAAUAAUCCAGAGUUUUCCCUUAGUCCGUUCCCGCCACAUCCAGUUGGCUUAUUUUCUGAAACAGGGCCGAAUCAUUUUGAAUCUUCUCCUGAUCUUUCCCCAGCAUCGCAUUCUUUCAGGUUGAAUGUACCUCAAUUAACACCUGGUGUUUUGCCCGUGAUUCCAGAUGAAAAACCUGGAGAAAACUUUACUCCAAUUGCAGUGGACACUCCAACGAUUAAAACAGACAAUAACAUUCCACCAACCUCUCAUUCUUUUAAAUUAAUUCUACCUGAACCAUAUGCUCUUCCUGAUUUAACAGAAUUAAGUGGUGGGAAUGCAGACAAGGAUGAAAUCAAAGAUGGAUUGAUUCCUAUUGGAGCUGAUGCCGUAACAUUAGCUUGGCCUCCUACUCCAACUGAACAGAACGCUUUCGCACCACAAGUUCAGUAUACUGAGCCAAAUCCCCAAAAUGAAAAUUUCAAAUCAUCAGACGCAUCCUUGUUGGCUGUGGAAGCCAAAAAACCAAGAAGGAAAGGAAGGAAAAUAAGGAAACGUUCCUAAAUCAGAAUUAUUUAUUUUGUUUUAUUCAAUCUAAGUCAAAAGUAGAAUGCAUUGUUCUCAUAGAGAAAACAAUAACGUGAUUUCUUUUGGAAAUCUGUAACUCUUUUUAAAAUAUUAAUCACAUUCCAAACAAUUGUGCUAAUUUUUAAGAUUACAGUUCUAAAAAAAACAUUAUAAGCAAUUACCAGAAAUUAUUCUUUUGUGAUUGGCUCCAUAGGCAUAAUUAGCGUAGGAAGUGUUAAUUUAUUUCAAUGUAUUCCGUGUAGAAAAGAUUCGUAUUAAUUUCUUCAUCAUUCUAAUUAUGAAUUUAAAUUUUAAUUGCUAUCGAAAGAAUAAUUUGUCCCGAUAUUAACUGAUAAUGCAUUUUUUGUUAAUUUAUUUCAAUUUAUUUAUCUUAAAUUACUUGUUUGUUUGUUUGUUGUCUAUUUUGUAUGGAAUCUAGAAUAUAUAUUGUUGAGAAGAUAUAAUGCUGUAUAUUAAAAGAAUGUUUUAUACAA